ACUUGAAACAUUAAUUUGUAAUCCAUCUAUGGCUCUUGUGUUCACAGUGGUCUCACCAAAUCCACUAUCACCCACACUAUCAUCGCUCCACGUGUCUUCUUCCCGCCAUUGCUUUCGUCACGGCUUAUCAUCAUCAGUAACCAUCCGCCGGAACAAAUCUCCGGUUAGAUUCCCUUCACUACCACCGUUGCGUCAUGUUUCAUCUCGGAGCGUGAAAGCCUUCUCACAACUCCGAUCCCCUCUAAUCUCCCCCGAUGAUCACUGGUCUCAAUGGGCCACUCUCUUCGCCGCCGGAGCUUUCGGUGUCUGGUCGGAGAAAACGAGAAUCGGAAGCAUGGUGAGUGGUGCGUUGACCAGCACGUUACUUGGUCUCGCCGCGAGCAAUUUAGGGCUGAUUCCGUUCGAAACGCCGUCGUAUGACUUCUUCAUGGAGUUCCUUUUGCCGCAUACGAUUCCUUUGCUGUUGUUUAGAGCUGAUCUCCGUCGUAUUAUCCGAUCUACUGGGUCGUUGCUCAUUGCAUUCUUAAUUGGAUCUGUUGCGACGAUUGUUGGGACUGUGGUGGCUUUCUUGUUGGUACCAAUGAGAUCACUUGGUCCGGAUAACUGGAAAAUAGCAGCUGCUCUCAUGGGGAGUUACAUUGGUGGAUCUCUUAACUUUGUUGCGAUAUCGGAGGCUCUACAGAUUUCUGCAUCUGUUAUAGCAGCGGGUGUGGCUGUGGACAAUGUCAUAUGCGCUCUGCACUUCAUGGUUCUGUUUGCGUUGGCCUCAAAGAUACCCCCUGAGACUUCCUCAACAUCUUCCCCUGAGGCAGACAUGACUAAGGAUGACAAGCUUGAGGACAAGAACAGAGUGGUUUCGACUUCAGUUGCACUAUCAAUUUCCUUCCUAAUAUGCAAAGCUGCUAUUUCAUUGACAAAGCUAUUUAACAUCCAAGGAGGCAUGCUUCCUGCAGUAACAGCCAUCACUAUCGUCUUGGCAACUUCCUUCCCUGACUUCUUUGAUUCUCUGGCACCUUCUGCUGAAACCAUCUCUCUUAUUCUCAUGCAGGUAUUUUUUACAAUUUUAGGAGCCACAGGAAGUGUAUGGAAUGUAAUCAACACUGCUCCAAGUAUCUUCCUGUUUGCUGUUAUUCAAGUAAUGGUUCAUCUUGUUGUGACUUUGGUUCUGGGAAAGCUAUUCUGUAUCGACAUGAAGCUACUCCUUCUAGCAUCAAACGCUAACAUUGGAGGUCCAACCACUGCUUGUGCCAUGGCAACCGCAAAAGGAUGGACUUCUCUUGUCGUCCCCGGGAUUCUCUCGGGCGUUUUCGGGGUCUCCAUUGCAACUUUUCUCGGCAUUGGAUGUGGAGUUUUUGUCCUCAAACGUUUAUAGAUUUUCUAAAGGACAGGUCUAAUGAUUGGAAAGGAUUCUGAAAACCACACUCCUUUGUAAAAUGUAAUUGAUGUUGUUUCAUUAGUUUAGUUAAAUGAUACAGUUUUUUUUUUUUUAAUUUGAA